UCUAACUAUGUGUCAUCUUUGUGUCUGUGAAAGGUUCUGAAGAUGAAAUUGAAUCCAUUCAUCGCGAUAUUGUAUUUUUACUGGAUUCCUCAGAUGAAAUGCAAAAGGAAUUUCAGGCAAUGCUUGGCUUUGUUGAGAGAAUGGUUGAGAAACUAAAUGUGGAUGAGAGCAACGAUCGUGUUUCAGUGGUGCAGUACAGCAGGGAACCUUCUGUUGAAUUUUUUCUGAACACGUACAAAACACAGCAGAAGGUUUUGGAAAAUGUGCGAAGUCUAAGGCAUAAAGGAGGAAGACCCCUCAAUACUGGUGCAGCCCUCCAGUAUGUCAAGGAUAAUAUUUUAACAGGCUCUUCUGGAAGUAGGCAUCAACAGGAAGUUCCUCAGAUUUUGGUGCUAUUUACUGGUGGACGAUCCAAUGACGAUGUCAGAAAUGCCGUAGAAAACUUAAAAGGAAUUGGCGUGAUGAUUAUUGUGGUUGGUACCAAGAAUGCAGAUAUCCUUGAGAUUCAGUCUAUCUCACAGGAGUCAAGUCAUGCUUUCUUUGCAGCAGAUUCCAAUUAUCUUUCAGGAAUUGAACAACAAAUAUUUUCUGCCACCAAGAAGGUUGAUACUGCAGCUCUCCAAGCAGCAUCAUUUGGUAAGACUGCAAUGAUAAGACCCCACACACAUGCAUCAUCAGGCUCUAUAAUUAUUAAUUUCAUUUGAGGGUGAAUGAUGGACAGUUAUGAACCUGUUCCCAUUGUAGCUGAUGGAUCCAUUGGCUAUCAAAUCACAGACACAUUGGACUGUUAGGUGUAUUGUAAACUUGUAAACUAAAUAUUUUUGGUUCAUUUAGACAAAAGAAAAAAGUUUCUGUUUUUCAAAAAUUUUAAAUAUGCUUGAUACUUGUGACUUGGACAAUUUUGUCAAGUAUAGGUUCACUGCGCUGUUCCAGGGUGUGGACAGCACUAACAAAAUGGUCUGCUAAAAUAGCAGGGCAAGGUGUAAACAUGUUAACAUAGGAUUAUUAAACAAGUGAAUAAAGAACUUUUUAUCACACAUUUCUUCAUCAACCAAUGUGUUUGAUUACAGAUCCCAGCAGAAGAGAUGUUGUAUUUUUGCUUGAUGGUUCUGAUGAUUCUCAAGAAAGAUUCCCAGACAUCAAAGACUUUGUGCAGAGAAUGGUGGCAGACCUAAACAUAGAUUCAAACAAAGACCGUGUGGCUGUGGUUCAGUACAGUAACACGGCAGAUGUGAAUUUUGACUUGAGACGUUACUCAGCACAGGACGAUGUGCUUGAUGCAGUAAGAGGUCUAAGUCACAAAGGUGGUUAUCCGCACAACAUUGGAGCUGCUCUCCAGUAUGUGAGGGACCAUGUAUUUACUUCCGAGUCGGGAAGUAGACUCCUAGAGGGAGUUCCACAGAUACUCCUACUACUGAGUGGUGGUAGAUCUGGAGACGACAUAAGAACCCCAGUCAGAAAACUGAAAGAGAUUGGUGUCAUCUCAAUUGCCAUUGGAACAAUUGAUGCAGACACCCUAGAGCUUCAGACAAUAUCUCAUAAACCCAACUAUGCACUCUCUGUUAAUGAUUAUGAGGAACUUCCUUCUGUUACACGGGAUAUACUGUCAUUGUUCAGAGAGGCUUCUCAUCAUGUAGAGGAAAUUACUCCGACAAAGGCUUUUGGUAAGAUUUAAUUGUUUUUAACUUUUUCACUAAAAACUUGAUUUAGUAAAAUAAAGAGGAGAAUGGGGAAUGUUUGAUUACCGUGUUAGCUGCUUUCCUGUUACUUGCAGAAAAUCACAUUGCAUUUAUUUACACAAAUUGUUAUCUUUGUUGCAGAUUCCAAGAAAAAUGAUGUUGUUUUUCUUAUUGAUGGAUCA